UUAGUCUGUCUUAUUUUAUUCUAUUACAAAAAUGGCUGCAAACCGUCGCAAGCAAGACGACAAGAAUUUAGAAAUUUUACGUGAACUUAUAUCUAUUAAUGGAAACAAAUAUUGUUUAGAUUGUAACCAAAGAGGACCUACGUACGUUAAUGUUACAAUCGGUUCGUUCGUUUGUUCAAAAUGUUCGGGAAUGCUACGUGGUCUGACGCCUCCCCAUCGAGUAAAGUCGAUCUCAAUGGCCACAUUUACCCCGGAAGAGAUAGAAUUUAUAAAAGUGAGAGGAAAUGAUUACUGUAGGCGCGUUUGGUUAGGCCUAUACGAGGGUGAAAGUGUGAACUUUACUGAUGAACAAAGUGUGAAAGAUUUUAUGUCGGACAAAUACGAGAAGAAACGUUACUAUCUCGAUCAACCGCUGAAUAAUACUGUUACGAACGGAAGUUUAUCAUCGAAGAGUAAGUCAAAAGCUAAAAGCGGAAGUGCUGCAGCGAGCUCAGCACAGCUGAUAUCAAUAGCGAGCCCGGCGCCGAAGUCGACGGUGAACAAUAACACGCUGGUGAAUGCGCCCAAACUGGGAAAUAGCUUUUUCUCUGGAGGUAAUGAUGUCAGCAUGAAGAUAGCCCGUCCGGUGCACAGCAUACCCCAGCCCAGCCCGCUCGCGGCGCCGCCCGUCGUCGCCCCUGCCCCAGUACCUGAUUUUCCUGUUGACUUUUCAACUGCAGAUAUUUAUAACAGUAGCCAGUUUAAUAAUAAUGUAAACAACAAUUAUGUGCCUGCCCCAUCCACCACUACAGGUUUUGCAGCUUUCACUCCUCCAUCAUCUACUGCUAAUGAUCGCUAUGCAGCAUUAGCAGAUUUAGAUCAUGCACUGAGGCAGCAAAACAUGAAGUCAAUGGAGGAAUGUAACAAUAUAAAUAGCAAGAAUCCGUUCCAAAGUGCACCAACCAAUGACUUCUUCGGCAGCAAAAACCCUUUCUUCAAUGGAAGUUGGAGCGCUGCUCCGGCGCCUGUGCCUGUUAAUCCUUUCAUGCCAUCAUCUAACUCUGGGAACUAUGUUAAUUCGAAGAAUCCUUUUCUCUGAAGAGGUGCUCCAUGUUUUGGGGACAAAGAACAAAUGUUUGCAACAAAAAGCACAAAACUAGCUACAAAUUUAUUAUAGUAUACAUUUAUGAAUAAGUAUAUUACGUUUUUACCAAUUUCUCGGUGAUAUUAUAUUGGCAUUACAACUAUU